AUGUGGAACUUCGAAAAGAAUCUCGGUCUUACUAGCAAUCUACAGGACAGGGAAAUGGCGGCUGUCUUCACAAAGCAAGUUGGGGCCCUAAAAAUCAGCAGAGAGCUAGGAGGAGAAACUGAAGAAUCCAAGCUUGAGGCUUUCUCGGGUAGUGUCUGUAGCACUUGGUGGGGGAAUAAUAAUGCUGAGUUUGUGGUCAGAAAUGCUGAAGGUAGAGCAGGUGGGAUUGCAACAGUGUGGAAUAAAGAGGUGUUCGUCGCCUCAAGCAGCUGGAAUUUUAAAGGGGCGACAGUUGUCAACGGAAGAUGGAAACAAGGUUACACUGCUUGCUGCCUGGUGAAUGUCUACGCUCCAAUGGAUAGCAAGGAAAAGGAACUUCUGUGGGAGAGACUUGGCGGUAUUGCUGAGCAAAAUAAAGACGUGUGUCUUUGUAUUGCGGGAGAUUUCAACACCAUUAGAGAGCCGGGGGAGAGGGUGGGCAGAAGUGGAAGCUAUGGGAUUCAGGACUCAAGGAAGUUUGAUACCUUCAUACGGGAAAAUGACUUGGUUGAAAUUCGAUGUAUUGGGAGAAAGUUCACAUGGUAUCAGCCUUGUGGGGGGAGCAAAAGUAAGCUCGAUAGGUUCCUGGUUAACCAAGAAUGGAUCAAGACCUGGCCAUCUUCUUUCGGAAGAGGGUUGCAACGAUCCAUGUCGGAUCAUUGUCCAUUACUCCUCAGCACCAUUUAUAGGGAUUGGGGGCCAAAGCCUUUUAGGUUCAUCAACGCUUGGAUCUCACACCCUGAUUUCAAGAAUUUGGUACAGGAAGUGUGGGAGGAUUCUUCGGUUAGAGGGUGGAGCUGUUUUGUGUUCAAAGAAAAAUUGAAGCUUCUUAAAGCAGCCCUCAAAGAAUGGAAUAAAAAGUCCUUCGGCAUGAUGGAAAAUACGAUCAUAGAUUUGAAAGAAGAACUUCAGAAAUUGGACACGAUCGAUGACGCCUUUGGACUGGAGGUGAAUGAUUACAUCCGAAGGAAUGAGAUCAGGGCGAAUAUUAUUCUUCAAACGAAAAAUAAGAUUAGCCUCCUCCAUCAGAAAGCAAAUGUUCGGUGGAUCAAGGAAGGUGAUCUCAACUCAGGGUUUUACCACAGAACAAUCGCCGGGCGAAGGAAAAAGAAUGAGCUUGGCGGACUCCGGGUAAACAAUCAGUGGAUUGAUGAGCCGACUGCUGUUAAAAAAGAGGUGAAGAGUUUGAGAAGUCUUACAGGAAAAUGA